CAUAAUCCUGCAUUGAAAGAUUAAAGAAAUAUUGUAUAAACCUUACGUUGUAAUAUUGUGUGAAAGUUACAAAAGAUUUCUGCAAUGUUACUACAAGCUUGCGGUAACGUUGAAAUGUCACAAUUUCAAACCUGAAAAUUUUUAUGACAUUUUGGACUUUUGGGAUCGUCUACUGGUUUGGGAUUGUUUACACAGGUGGAAGAAACAAAACAUAACGCCAGUAAUUUUUACUUCUGCCAACGGCAUUAUUUUUACUUUUAAUAACCAAACUUAUUUUCAAAGAAAGAGUAAAUCCAAUAGAAUUAGCAUAAAUCAUAAAACUAUCAACUGUCACACAUUUAUCCACAUUUACUUUUUCUUUUUAAUUAGUGUAUUCCUAAUUUGUAUAAAACAUUAUUAAUUAAAAAUAUUUAAUCAUAAUUUUUUUAAUCUCCUUAAAUUCAGUAAAUACAAGCAAUCAAAUAUCAGCCGCACUUUUGUAUAUUUAGAAAUAAAAAAGAGAAAUAUAGGAAUCACCGUGUAUGAUUCCAGCACGUAAUUUACUCCGCGAAAACUGGCAAUCGAUUUUUUAUGAAUUGCCAAGGUUACAAGGUAAAUAAUCUUUAGCUGAUCAGUUCACAAACAUGAGAAGCUAAUUUAAAAUUUUGAAGUAUUUCUUAUCAUCACAACUGACAAAAUUUCAAGUAUCUUUAUAUAACUUUCACGGCGACAAGUGCAAUUGGUCACUUGAUCGGAAAAAAAUUGUUAAUAAAUUAAUAUCAAUUAUUGAAUUUUUAAACAAAUACAAAUUAACGUUAUCAAUAAUUGCCUAGAACAUUUUUAGCAUCAUGUCUAGUUGCCAGAAUUUAUGUUUUCCCCCCUCUCCCUGUCUACCAACAAGAUGUCCAAUUCCAUGCUCUGUAAUUUGUUGUACUCCACCAGUGAGCUAUCCUUCCAUACCUCGUGCUCCUCGUGUCGAAUAUAAAAUAGCUUGUCCGCCUCCAAUACCAAAACCCACUAAGACGGUGGUAUAUCUGCCACCCUGCCCAACCUGCAUGUCUUCUCCUCCAAAAAUGGAAAUGACGUAUUUGCCGCCUACACCCUGUCCACCACCCUGCCUUUACGUUUGCAACACAAACUGCGUCCCUUGUCCACCACCAGUCUUGUGUAACUCGCCCUGUAAACCCCAGCUAUGCCUACCUUGUCCUCCCUGCUAAGUGACGGUGCUUUAAUUGGCAACUGACUGGACACUAAUUAUGCAACUGCAUACAAAGGAAAGAAGAACGUAAAAACGAAUCAAAAUAAGAUUGAUUAAAAAUUAAAUUUAAAUCAAAAAGAAUUUUUUCGAGAAAGAUGAAAUUAACAUCUACGAACUAACAAGAUUUAAAUUUUGAAAUAAUGAACAAUGGGAUCGGUAAAAUGCGAUUUUAACUGAAUCUUGUCAGUCUUUUAGUCUAAUUUUUUGUCUUUUCUUUCAUGUUAAUAAAUUUUAAUUAAUUGUCUUAUACUUUACUAAUACAUUAUAAAAUACUAUAUAUCCUGUAUCCGUAAAUUGUAAAGAAUAAAAAAAUUUGUAAAUUUGUUAUUAAAGAUAAAAUUGGAAUU